AGGCGUGCGGCGCCGGCGGGGCUGGAGCUGGCCUUGCGCGCGUUUUCCUUUCUGGGGCCUGGGGGUCCACGUUGGCUUUCCCGGGCCUCUCUGCCUGUUAGAGUUUUCUGUGCCCGCGAGGCCCGCGUCGCCGACUCCACCGUAACGCAGGGAGCCUCCCCGGCCGAACCAGCCACUCCCUCCUCCGGCGCCCCCGGCCGAGUUGGACCUUCGUCCCUUACCUUCGGCAGCCACUGCGAUCCUUUCCUGGUUAGGUUCUCAUCAGAACGUGUAACCCGGCUUGUGCUCGGAACGUAAGGCCGCCACUUUUGCACUUCCCUCUCCCAACGUUUGGUCUUCUCAGCCAUUAUGGCUGUCAAGUGGAUUGGUGGACAUUCUUCUCCUAUUCUCUGCCUGAAUGCAAGUUCAGAAGGGCUAGUGGCUUCUGGAGCAGAGGGUGGAGAUCUCAUGGCUUGGGGUGAAGAUGGGACUCCAUUGGGACAUACACGCUUUGAAGGGGCCAAUGACGUUACCUGUGUCUUAUUCUCUCCCUCCUGCCCCACCAAGCUCUAUGCCUCGCAUGGAGAAACUAUUAGCAUACUGGAUGUCAGAUCCCUCAAAGGUUCCCUGGACCAUUUUCAUGUGAAUGAAGAAGAAAUCAAUUGCCUUUCAUUGAAUGAAACUGAAAACCUGCUGGCUUCUGCUGAUGACUCUGGAGCAAUCAAAAUCCUAGACUUGGAAAAUAAGAAAGUUAGCAGAUCGCUGAGGAGACAUUCCAACAUCUGUUCUUCUGUGGCUUUUCGGCCUCAAAGGCCUCAGAGCCUGGUGUCAUGUGGACUGGAUAUGCAGGUGAUGCUGUGGAACCUUCAGAAAGCCCGGCCACUCUGGAUUACAAAUUUACAGGAGGAUGAAACAGAAGAAAUGGAGAGCCCACAGUCACCGGGUCAGCUUUUAAAUCCUGCUCUCGCCCAUUCUGUGUCUGUGGCAUCAUGUGGCAAUAUUUUUAGUUGUGGUGCAGAAGAUGGAAAGAUUCGAAUCUUUAGGGUAAUGGGAGUCAAGUGUGAACAGGAAUUGGGAUUUAAGGGCCACACUUUGGGAGUAUCCCAGGUCUGCUUUCUGCCAGAAUCUUAUUUGCUGCUUACUGGAGGGAAUGAUGGGAAGGUAAUGAUGUGGGAUGUAAGCAGUGAAGUUGAGAAAAAACAGAAGAGUCCUACAAAACAUACCCACAGGAAAAGCACUAAAAGGGCAACUUAUACCAACCAGGGUGGAAACACUAAUACUUCAGUAACACAUGAAGAACAGGGCAAAAUUUUACCAAAGCUAAGUAUUGAACAUGGAGAAAAAGUGAACUGGCUCUUGAGUACAAAAAUAAAGGGUUGCCAAAGUAUAUUAGUAGCUGAUCAAACUAGUUGUAUAUCUGUGUAUCCCUUAAAUGAAUUUUCAAUCCAAUAAAAACAUUUGAAUAAGCAGUCAACUUUUUAGGUUUAAAAAUCUUGUUUCUUUGUUUAAACUGUUUGUCAUAUGUAGAAUAAUACCAUUCCAUUGUAUAAAUUUUAAGACAUUUGAGCAAAAGAAGACAAUUGGGUAAUACUUCAUAUAGUGAGUGACAUUAAAAUUUAGGGGAAGGGAACUAACAUUAGCUCAGUACUGAACAUAUGCCAGUGAUUUUACAUAUAUUUCAUUUUUUAUUCCAAAUCAAUGAUUUCCCCCUUUAUUUUGGCACAAGAAUUAAGACUUAGAGAUGUUAAGUAACUUGAAAACCCAGGAAACUUGCAGAUACAGUUACUUGCCUGCAAAGGAUCUCAGUUGUCUUGUUAAGUCUCCUACCUCAGGGAAGCCCACAUCCUGACCCAAAUGUGGUCACUACACUAGUUAGAACAUAGUUAUUUUGGAUUCUAGGAUGCUAUGAGGAGCCUUACCAGGCUGGAAGAGGAAACUUGUUAUUGUUUGUUCUGAGUAAAGCCUAGAAGGCUUUAGUGCCAAUUUACCUUGUGCUAUUUCUAAGAAGAAGGUUUUAGAAUCAAAUCAGUUUAGUAUAUUUGCAGCAAUCCUGGCCAUGAUGCAGGUAGGACCAAGAAUAAACUGAAGUCACAAAUAAGCUCAAGAUAAUAAGAUAGAAAAAAGACAGAAAAGGUAGAAAGUAGAGGCCAAGAUAGAGUAUCAAUAGUAAACUUUUCAUGGCCUGGAUUGCUGUCUUCCUUGCAUGUUCUUUCGACUUCUGCUUAUACAUCCUACUCUUACAUUCAAAGUUUUGAAGAGAGAAUCUGAUUGGUUACCAUUAUCCUUGUUUGAGGAGAACCCUUUAAUAAGCUUCAUUUCUGUCAAAACACUUGUUACAAGUGACAGAAUUCAAAAUUGAAUUAGUUUAAGGGAAUAAAAAGGAAUUUAUUGAUUCACAUAAUUGAGAAGUCUAAUGAUAGCUGACAUGUACUACUGGGGUAGCUACACUGAUAUUAGUCUAUAGGUGCCCCUCCUUGUGGAAAGUUUUCUUAGAGGUGAAGAGGUAGAAUCCUCACAGUAAUUUUGAGCCUGGAACCAGUCAUGCCUAAAACAAGUGUAUUCCUGGAGCCUCUUUUUU